AUGGAGGCAUCCCGGAGUCUGGCAGCGGCUACUAAGCGCCUCUGCCGCUCUACAACGUCGACCUUUCUCUCGUCGUUCACGUCUCUACCUCAAACCUCCACCCGAUCCUUCUCUUCAGUUCCUGUUCUGUUUGCGCCUCGGUCGGGCAAGGACAAGGCGGCAGCAGCGAAAGCAAAGAAGAGAAAGAAGAGGCAUCAGACAUUCCGGCAGUAUGACCUGAAGGACAUACAGCAGUUUACCCUCUGCGAGGCCAUGCGCUACAUCAAGGCCAUGGAAGUUACUCACGAUCCGGACGUGUCGAAAUACGAUAUUCACAUCAAGCUGAGGACGAAAAAGGACGGUCCGAUUAUUCGCAACCAGAUCAAACUGCCUCAUGCCGUCAAACAAGAUAUUAAAGUGGCAGUCAUCUGCCCUCCCGACUCCGCAGCCGCGAAACAGGCCCGAGAAGCAGGCGCAGCAUUUGUGGGCGAGGAGGAGAUCUUCCAACGUGUAAAGGAAGGAAAAAUCGACUUCGACCGAUGCAUCGCUGUAACCUCAUCUCUCCCGAAGCUGGCCAAGGAGGGUUUGCCCCGAAUUCUGGGUCCUCGAGGCUUGAUGCCGAGUGCAAAACUGGGUACAGUGGUGGACAAACCAGGUCCGGCGGUCAGAAACAUGCUGGGCGGUAGCAUGUACAGAGAAAGAACUGGCGUUGUUCGCAUGGCAGUGGGCAGACUCAGUUUCACUCCAGAACAGCUCAGAGAUAAUGUGAAAGCAUAUGUCAGUGCGGUUAGGAAGGACGCAAAUGCUUUGAGUGAUCAGAUUGUGAAGGAGGUCUCUGAGGUGGUUCUCAGCUCUACAAACACGCCCGGCUUCUCGCUGAACGGCGAAUUUUAUAGACCAUCCCCGGGCGCACCUACACCUCAGGAAUUGGGUGUUGCAUGA